AUGGCGACUUUUUUGGGGUCUAUCGUUAAGUCUUUCAUACUCCCAAAGCCGUCCCCAAGCUACAACACGGCUGUCCAUCCUGGCAAGCUAGUACAUAUACCGAGGGUUGACUGGGAGACACGGAAAGAAAAUGGUACUUUUACGUAUGGACUUUUAUUAAUUGACCCAACGGCGAAGUAUAUUGUCAUCUAUGCUCACAUGAAUGCAGUUGAUAUGGCGAUGAUGUUUGAUGAACUCUCAUAUUUGAGUAAACGGGCAUCUGUAUCAGUGCUACUCUUUGAAUAUACAGGUUAUGGUAUUACCCAUGGUGAAACAACAGAGAGAUCUAUGAAUGAAGAUAUGUUAUCUGCAUACUGUUACGCCAUUCGCUAUCUACAUAUACCAACAAAUCGAAUUGUUAUUAUGGGUAGAUCUAUUGGAACAGGACCAUCAGCUCAAUUAUGUGCUGCUAUGCAAGAUGAAUCUGAUAUACCAGCAUUGCUUGUAUUACAAUCUCCUUUUACUUCAUUAAAAGAAUGUGCGAAUGAAAUUACACGAAAUGUUGGAUCAAUUGUAUGUUUUUUAGGUUACGAUUGGUUUCGCACUAUAGAUGUAAUUGCUCAGGUUCGUUGCCCUGUUAUUAUACAUCAUGGUAGUCUUGAUGAUGUUGUACCAUUUGAACACGCAGAACGAAUUAAACGUGCUAUUGAAGAGGCAUCUCCUUCAGGUAUUGUAGAGUUGCAUGUGGAAGUUUGCAAACACAAUGAUUUACCUAUUACUAAUGCUUCCCGUAUUAUCGACAAGAAACUUCGAGAAUUAGGACAAGAACGAUGUCUUCAACUUAAAUAUAAACCACAUUUGGUAGUUAAUCCCCCUAUCUAUGAAUACCUUUUUUACGUGAAUGAAAAACAUAUAACUACUAUUGAUGCUUUAUUAUAUCACUGGAAUGAGAGAUUAAAACUUGGUUCUUUCAUGUAUAAACGAGAAAAACUAUAUAUUCUCCUCGUUGCUAGUGUAUCACUCUUUGCAAUGCGAUGUGCACAGAUGUGGCAGUGUUAUACAGGAAGCUGGAAACGAUAUCAUGCUACCGAGACGAGUUUUGAAAAUUUACUUUGCAAUAAAGAAGAAUUUAUUAAUCGUUGUUUGGCAUGUUGGGGAAGUCCUCUCGGUAUUUUCAUGGGAACAGAAGGGAAUCCAGUAUUACAUAAACUUUUUGGUGCACAUCUUAGAGCUGAUAUAGUCUCAGAUAAUGAGUCUAGUAAUAUACCUUCAUUUAUGAUGUUUAAUGAUAAAUUGGCGUAUUUGACCGUUGCGGAGCUUGAAUUUACUCCUGGCUUAAUGAAAGGUGUUGUUGCCGCCGUAUCUACAGCCCCCAAAAUUACAGAAGAAGGAGAUAGAAUGAAUGUUUUUAUUCAAAAAGAAAUUACCACACGUAUACAAACAGAAUGUGAACGUCUUGUGGGUUUUCUUGAUGACAAUGAGUGGGAUAAUCUUCUCCACCUGUUGCUUAAUUUUACUUCAGCUGCUCCAUCCUUCUUGAGUAGUAAAGCCUUUCAUUUUUACAAUGAAUGUACCUUAUCUAAUGAAGGGGUGAGUUCACAACAUAAUAAAAAGGAAUCCAUAGCCGAUGUAGAAGAAUGGCUGCGACCGUGGAUCAUUAGCCCAAAAGUACGGAGUUGUUUGGGAGUAGAGGUGCCUUGGGAUUAUUAUUUGCUCAAAGCCCGCCUGUGUGUUCAGGAGAAUAAUCCAUUAGGAAGUGAAACGUCUUGGAAGGAUGCAAAGCACCUUGUAGACGGCUGGCAGGUCGUUACGGACAUUCAUCGUUUAUUCAAUAUGUACUCACGACGAUGCCUGCGUCCGACAUUUAUUUCGGUCUAA